AUGGCGGCCCUUAAACUUUUUUCGCUCGCCUCUGCGUCUGCGUUCUUGAUGGCGGACGCUGUCCAUCAAACGGCAAAGCAAACUUCAUUGGCACCGCAGGGGUCAUCCCCAACCUACACUGUAGAACUCGGGAAUGAUCAUGUGUGCCUCGACGAAAUCAACGCUGCACGCGAAGCCGCUGGACUCGAACACUUCAAAACGGAGAGCGGUGCAGACCUAGCGUUGCCUCCAGUUACCGUGGAAGACGGGUCAGAGCACAAUACUGCAUGGGAUCCUGUUUGUGAAGCUCUGACUGCAGAAGAGUCAGCAGAUGUAACGAAGAGCGCAACUGAAAAUGGAUUUAAAACUGGUACAUACGCCUACAUGGCCUUGGAAUCGGACCAGUGGAAGAAGAUCAAGGCAUCCAUCACAGGUUCUGCCUCUGCUGUUGCUCCGAGUCUGCUGGCCGUCGCUAUUGCGGCCGUUGGCUUGUUGGCCCUUUAA